GAAUCAAGAAAUGAGAGCUAUGUGUGCAGCAAGAACUAUUGUUAGGAAAGAGUUUGGAUCUACUAAGUUUGUGGGAGAAUUUGGCCUUAAGAUAUGGACUAAGAUUGUACGGAAUAGGGAAGGUAGCAAGAAAUGCAAAUUCCUAUGGCCUGGUGGAGGUGGUUUUGAAGUUGAGGAUUACCUGAAUAGUAAAAAUAAAGUCGAUUUAGGCAGAAACACUUAUAUUGUAGAUUUGGAAGAUAGAAAAUGCACCUGUAGGUAUUGGGAUAUAUCUGGGAUUCCUUGUAGACAUGUCAUGACUGUAUUGAGUUUAAAAAAACUAAGAGUUGAAGAAUAUGUUUCAGAUUGGUACAAGUUGUCAAGAUUUAGGGCCUCUUAUGCAUAUGAGGUGCCCCAAAUGGAGAAUGAACCAUAUGUGGAGCAACCACCCCUUGUUGAGGACAACCAUCCACCAUCUGUUGAUGACAACCAGCCAUGCAUUGCUAAGGAAGAACUAGUGAACAUGACCCAAGAAGAUCCUCCAAUGAGUCAAGUAGUUAGCCCAACUCCACCAAUUCAACAGGCCAUAACUCCCAUUACAAGAAAGAAAGAGAGAGCUAGAAGCGCUCAUCAGCCAGCUAAGGACAAGUCCGAGAUCAAUAAUCUUGGACAUAUUGUGCAUAUUGUGAAAUCCAAUCCUUUACUUGUGAACCUCGGUCUCUCGAUAGCCGAGGUGAAGUCUAAAUUCAUUUCUUCCCAAUUGUAUGAUAACUACUGUGAGCAUGCCCUUUCCCAAUCCACUAUUCCCGAGAUCAUCAUUCUACUAGACACUCAAGCUCAACCUCUUAGACGAGGUCAAGCUCUAAACACAAAUGACUUUCCACCUCCAACCCUAAACCCAUUUGCUCCUGUGGAACAUGCAAAGGGAGGCGAUGAAAACCAAUCUCACAAUUCAGCUCCCACUCCCAAUCAAGGUGAUCUUGUGGCAGCUUAGCUUGUUGUAAUACAACAACAAUUUGGUG